AGAUAAAGCACUGUGUGUUCAUAAAUAGCUCUAUUUGUCAUUGUUUCAACUUAAAACUAUUCAAAAAUGUUGCUAGCUACAUUUUUCUUGUUUGUCGUCUCAUUUAGUUGUUCGGUUGUUUGGUGUUUUAAUAUCAAAGCUGAAUUAUCCAAUUCUCCUUUAUAUAUUUCUGCGGCUGUUUCGAAAAUAUUGGAGGACAAUCAACUCUUCGAAUCGCAGUUGAAAGUCAUGGCAAACGAAAUGGAGAAUUAUAAAUCGAGGAUAAAAGUACUAGAAAGUGAUCUUGCAUUUACUAAAAGUGAGCUUAUAUCAACGAAACAGAAUGCAAAAGAUACCAAUAAUCGAGUAAUAGUGUUAGAACGUGAACUUCUGUUAACAAAGGAAAUGUCUAAAACAAGUGCUGAAAUACCAAAGUUUGAUAAAGAUGAUUCCGUGAAUCAAUCUCAUUCUAGUACAAUACAAAUCAGUGGGCAAAAUAGAAUUGAUAAUGGAUACGCAAAAGAUGCGGUUUACCAAGAAUUCAAUUUGCCUGACAAUAGUGAUACCUCAAAGGAUAUCAAGCGACUUUUAGUUGGAGAUAACUUUCCUCCGGUCGUUGCAUUUUCCUCUACUAUGGACAGCCACAAAGAAAACUUAGGUAUCGGACAAACUGUUUUGUUUGAGCACGUUAUAACAAAUAUUGGAGGUGGCCUUGACCCAAACACCAGUAUUUUUAAAGCUCCAAUUACUGGUGUAUAUCAUUUUGACGUCGUCAUAAUGAGUCACCAUGGAGAGGAUAUGGAAACAGAAAUAGUUAAGAAUGGAAAUGGGCUCGUCCGACUGUAUUCUGGUAAUGGUGACACUUGGGGUGUAGGCAUGCAGUCGGUAGUGAUCCAGAUGAUUGCAGGAGAUGAUGUUUGGGUUAGAGUUUAUAACAAUCCAUCUAUUAAUGACGGAAAUAUUCGUGUUUUUGGAAGCCUUUGGUCAUCUUUCUCUGGGUUUUUGGUUCAAUAA